UUAACAGUAGCAGCUACCAGUGCAGAGGAGAAACAAAAAUGGCUGGAAGAACUAUCUCAGGCGAUAGCGGACAGCAAACAGAAUGAAGUCAAUGAUUCAAGCAAAAACAACUAUCUUAGUCUCAAGUCUUGCAGUUCGUCGGAUGAGGUGAUGGACAAGUGCGGGCAGAGCAUAGAGGAGGCCAACAGCAAGGUGUCUCCACAGCGCAGCAACACCACGGUGCAUGUCUGCUGGCACCGCAACACCUCCAUCGGCAUCGAGGACCAGCUCAGAGCUGUAGAGAACCAACUUAGCGGCUAUCUUCUGCGAAAGUUCAAGAACAGUAACGGUUGGCUGAAGUUGUGGGUGGUCUUCACCAACUUCUGUCUCUUCUUCUACAAGACUUAUCAGGUAAGUCUUUCUCACUCCAACAGACAACUUAGUUUUUGUUGUUUUAAAUAGGAGACGGUAUUGACA